AUGUCCUCUGCUGUCGUCCAUGGCGAUGAGCUCGAUAUGGAGCCAACGCUCCAGUCGAUUCUCAGCCAAAACACCCUCCGCUGGAUCUUCGUCGGAGGGAAAGGUGGUGUCGGCAAGACCACCACCUCCUGCUCCCUUGCCAUCCAGCUGGCCAAAGUCCGCAAGUCGGUCUUGCUGAUCUCCACCGAUCCCGCCCACAACCUGAGUGAUGCAUUCGGCCAGAAAUUCGGGAAGGAGGCCCGCCUCAUCGACGGCUUCGACAACCUUAGCGCCAUGGAAAUUGACCCCAACGGCAGCAUUCAGGAUCUCCUGGCCAACGGGGAAGGCCAGGGUGACGACCCCAUGGCGGGUCUGGGAAUGGGUAAUAUGAUGCAAGACCUGGCGUUCAGCAUCCCCGGUGUCGAUGAAGCCAUGUCCUUUGCCGAAGUCCUGAAGCAGGUCAAGUCGCUGUCAUAUGAGGUUAUCGUGUUCGAUACCGCGCCGACCGGCCACACCCUCCGAUUCCUCCAAUUCCCCACCGUCCUCGAGAAAGCCCUGGCCAAGCUCUCGCAGCUGUCCUCGCAGUUCGGCCCGAUGCUGAACUCGAUUCUUGGUGCCCGGGGCGGCCUACCCGGCGGCCAGAACAUGGACGAACUAUUGCAGAAGAUGGAAUCGCUGCGCGAGACAAUCAGCGAGGUCAACACCCAGUUCAAGAACCCGGACAUGACCACCUUCGUGUGUGUCUGCAUCGCAGAGUUCCUGUCAUUGUACGAGACCGAGCGCAUGAUCCAGGAAUUGACCAGCUACAGCAUCGACACCCACUCGAUCGUCGUCAACCAACUGCUAUUCCCCAAGGAAGGCAGCAACUGUGACCAGUGCAAUGCGCGGAGGAAGAUGCAGAAGAAGUAUCUUGAACAGAUCGAGGAGCUCUACGAGGACUUCAACGUGGUUCGGAUGCCUUUAUUGGUUGAGGAGGUCCGUGGAAAGGAGAAAUUAGAGAAGUAA